AUGCGACUGCGGUUUCCCCUUUUCGGGGCGAUACUCUUUACGGCCGUUCAGGGCUACCGUACCGUCAACUACUACACGGGCAAGGUUUCGGUCGGAUUCGAGAAUUUGGAUGAUGCUGCGCAAAUAACCACAACACCUACGGAAGAAUACCGUGUCCCCACGGCCCGACCCCGAAAGUCGAGGGCAAGACGGACCUCAGAGGAAACUUUUGAUAGAAUACCACCAACUGCUCGGCCGACACGAUCACGCCGACCACAAACUACAACCGCUACUGAGUCCCCCGAACCUCUUCCGGCCGGUGAAUUUGAGACGGGCGAUUCUGGGGAUAGAGCACCACCGCCGCCCCAAGAAAUCCCGCCCGAGCUCCGUGCCGCCUUCGGAUCCUUUGGAAUCGGUGGUGGGGGAGGCAAGCCGAUUUUUGAAGCCAAGGAGACCACUACGGUAUCCGUGCCGACGGCCCGGCCAACCCGAAAACAGAAGAAGCAUCGAAAGCAUGAAGAGCAGCCAACCACCCCACCGACCUCCGAAUUUGAAACCGGUAGUUUUGGCGACAGGGCCCCGCCGCCACCCUCCGAAAUCCCGCCGGAAUUGCAAGGAGCCUUCGGGGGAGGUGGUGGAGGUGGAUUUGGCGGAGGAAGUGGAAGCGGAAGUGGAUUCGGUGGAGGAAGCAGGGGAAGCGGCUUUGGCAGCGCGCCCAAGGCUUCGUUCGGCAUCGGCGGUGGAUUUGGCAACGCGCCAAUUUUUGAGGAAGCUGAGACGACUGAGGAGCCAACUACUACUGCUCCGAUUGCGACAAAGAAACACCGGAAACACCGGAAACAUUUUAAUCAGCCAAAAAUCUUCCAACGAGUCCCCUCACAAUACACCCAUCGAUCCGGCAGUCAGGAGCAAGAGGGAACCCGCCCGAUACCUCCCGAACUCCGCCAAGUUCUGCAGCCAACGGUGCUGAGCGAUGUUUUCGGAAUUGCUGGCGUAAAACAGCCGGGGGAGAAGAGUUAUCCUGCAUCGGUAUUUUCCGAACCCUCAUCCACCACCGACAUGUACCGCAUCGGCACACAGAUCGAGGACGAGCUGGUCGGGGCUCAGGUUCGGACUUGGGCCUCAAUUUGC